AUGCUCUUCUCAAACGCCUUUGUCCUCCUCACCUCGGCCUCCCUCGCCCUUGCCUUCCCAGGAGGAGGAGGCUACUCUACCUCUUCGUCUUCGGCACCACCCGCGUACCAGACCACUUGCUCUGCUGUGUACUCCACCAAAAAGGAAGUCGGUAGCUCGACCAAAUAUAUCACAAGCACCGCCUAUGUCACCAAGCCCUACACCGAGACCGUCUAUGUGACCAAGACCGAGACCUACACCAAGCCCUACACCAGCACCGGUUACUAUACCAAGACCAAGACCGGCUACAAGACUGAAUACACCACCAAGGUCUAUCCCGUCACCUCCUACGUCACCAAGACGGAGAGCUAUGUCAAGACAACGACGAGCUUGGUCACUAAGCCCACAUCGAGCGUCGGAACCAAGACGGAGACCAAGCUCGAGACCAAGACUGACACCAAGGUCUCCACCAAGACCAAGGAAGAGGCAACGACCAUCACCAAGGUCGUCCCCUACACCACCAGCAAGGUGAUCACCAGCACCAAGUGCUCUACCAAGGGUGGCUACGGCUCUGGCUACUAA